UAUAAUUUGGUACCAUUUUAUCAAGUGUCACAUCGGGUCAAAAAUAAGUAUAAGAUUUACGCGAGGCAGCUGCAUAUAUAUUUUGUUAUAAACACGUGCGGUGUUGUGUUUUGUGGAUACAAAUUGGAAAAGAAAUUGAUCAAAAAUGGACGGAAUAUUGAAUAUUUUCCAGAUUUUAUCUGAAGUAGAUGCCAUUCAGUUACCAAAGUACUUGAGCGCGUUAGUUGAACAUCAAAGUUUCCGGCAUAAGACGUCAAGCGAGUUAGAAUCGGUUACAGCACAUCUCACAAAUUUGAUGAACAAUUUUGGAACAAAACAUCAAGGAUUGAUGCUACUGAAUGCUUUUCUGCCUCAAUGUUCUCUGGACGUCUUCGAACAGAAAGGUGCACUGUGGAUAACACUGUGUACCAAAAUUUGCGCACAAAAGAAACCAGCUGAAAGCGUAGCUUUGUCGUAUGAAGUGUUAGAAAAACUCAUUCAGAAGUCGGUUCACGUACCGGAAACAUCGAAAGCCAUCUCCAACAAUCUUUUACUGAAGAUUCUGGAAACGAUACCAUCUACGCCACCCGUAGCUGUUAUGUCCGCAUUGAAAUUUCUCGAAACAGCAAUGAAAAUCUUCCCUGGCCCGUCCGGUGCUCUGCGAACAUUCAUCGAGAAGUUCAUUUUGAGUUUUGUCGACACAACUGACGAUCUAUUGCUGACACAAUCAGCAAAGUGUUUGCAAUUGUUGCAACAAGUGCGCGGUAGUGGAUCCCAUGGUAGUACCCAUAAAGUAUCGUGGGGUCAGUUGCAUGUACAAAUUAUUGGCAGCAUUCACGAAAUGUUCGAUGCCAUUUAUAUGAACACUGAUGAGACGCUGGACGGUACAGAUCACGAAGAUCGUCUCAAAAUCGAGCAACUGAUAUUGAAAGACGAACCGAUAAAUCGUGUCUCGCAACUUGUGACAAGACUGCGAAAUUUGUGCACAAUUUUAGAAGUGGUGUUGAUCGAACCGUUUCCGGUACCGAAAUCGAUUCAACCGGACAAAAUUAUUGCUAUGAUAUCCAGAGGACUAGCUGUGAAUUGUAUGACUUUGUCAAAGAACUUAAUAACGGACAAUGUGGCACUCGGUGCAUUGUUACCACAAAUUCAUGUUACACUGUUUGGAGUGCUCGAUAAGUUAAUUGUUGUCCUCAAAUCGCAUAUGUUGUUGUACGCCAAGGAUGUCUACAACCUUGUACUCCAAUCACUAAAAUGGACAGCAUCAGGACAUGCCAGCGGCUUUAAACGUCCAUUUGAAACAAUUCGCCGAGCGGCCUAUCAAACUUUGAACCUCUGGUGCCGCACCGCAAAAUACGGCAGCCAAGUUGAAUCGAUUGCUGACGAUUUGGUGAAACAGAUUCUGCAAGACAUCGAACCGUUUCAAAGUGAGGUGACGCUGAAGGUUCUUAGCGGCAGCAAAAAGUAUCUGUCGAAAAAGGCUCGGCAAAAACUGCACAAGGCGCAAAACGAUGCUACCAAUUUGGCACAGACGCAUUCGAAAGGUUUCAAUCCACACAACACCAAAAUCAUUUACACCGACGAAGGAAACGAAGGCAUUUGCUUUGCUGCUUUGAACUGCCUCAUCCAAAUGUUGCAAACGUCCGGGUGCUUCAUAAAGCCGGCAUUGCACACAAUUCUUCAGGAGGAAAUCGUUCUCCUUGCCAUUGGUGUUGUCGAAGCUUCAAGUCUGAAUACAAAUCUGUACGAUUCAGCCGAGUGUCGCAUUGCAUUGUACGGAGCAUUGUAUGCCCUAAUUAAUUCGCCACAUCACUUGUGCCCGCCUCCACUGCAAUAUGCGGCUACAAUAUUCAACACAGCACACAAUCGCGAUAAAAGCAGCAAAGUUCGUCUGGCUUGCGGUGAAUAUACACGGAUGAUCGAGAAGAUAUUGCACCCACAAAAGGAGGUCCUGAAUUUCCCGUUCGACUUGAACGAAAUACGCGACGCUCUACAAAAUGGUGUCGAGGAAGAAGAGGACGAAGACGAAAUCGAAAUGGACGAGGAUGAGCAUGAAGAAAAGGUGAACACUACCAAUGAAUCAGACGGACAAAUUGAUUGGACGCACACACAGUUUCUGGUGGGCGAUGUGGGUGAAGUUGUGGAAGUAGAAUCCACACAGGUGUCGUUCGAUGACGACAAAGAAGAAUUGAAUGAAACCAAUCACUCAGAUGGCGGUGAUAUUAUGGAGCAACGACACAUCGAUGAUGCUGCGAUUAAAAAUUCCGACACAAAUCAUUCAGUCGAACGACCCGUUAUGGAAGAUGACGGACUGGCUUUAGACGAUGAAUUGGAGGAGGUGUCUGAUUUGGAAUUGGAUGAUGAUGGUGACGAUUAUUACGAUAGUGCUCUGGGCAUUGUCAACACUGAUGAUCAACAAGGACAUUCACGUUCGCCGAACACGCCGACGCCCACACCGAGCGACCUGAGUAACUAUGAUGAAUUUGGGGCGUCUCGUUCGAAACGACAGAAAUUGAGUCAUCAAGAUGAUCACAUAGACUUUGGUGCUAUGGGUGAUGCUGAAGAUCACGACCUGCACAAUUUGAUAUCUCAUCUGCACGACGAUCUCAAUGAAACGAUUAAGAAACCAUCGAUAGUUGAUAACCAUUACACCCAUUAAAUACAAACGAGAAAGUUAGUACAGA